AAAUAGAAAAUGAUACCGGAAGUCUGAAUUCUUCUUGGUUUUUUUAAAUCCCGUCAUUUUUUUUCGCUUGGUGUGUAAGGCGAUGAGAAGGGUCGCAAACCAAGGAAAGCGUAUAAUUCCUUCUCUUACAUAUUCCACUUAUUCAGCAUGGUUAAAUUCAUCAAAGCCGGAAAGGUCGUUGUGAUCCUCCAAGGCCGUUAUGCUGGCAAGAAGGCCGUUGUUGUUCGUAACCACGAUGAAGGUACCAAGGACAGACCCUAUGGUUAUGCCGUUGUUGCUGGUGUUGAACGUACUCCUCUCAAGGUCACCAAGGCCAUGGGUAAGAAGAAGGUUGCCAAGCGCUCCAAGGUUAAGCCUUUCGUCAAGAUCAUCAACUACAACCACAUGAUGCCUACUCGUUACGGUUUGGAAUUGGAACAAAUCAAGGGUACCGUCUCUGCCGAAACUUUCAAGGAACCCUCUCAACGUGAAGAAUCCAAGAAGGUCAUCAAGAAGCUCUUUGAAGAACGUUACCAAACUGGCAAGAACAAAUGGUUCUUCAGCAAGCUCAGAUUUUAA